AGAGAAACGCGGUAGCCUAUCUGUGUUGAAAUAUGUAAAUACCGCAGCUCCAAGGGUGUGUGGGUGAGCGAGAAAGCGGGGCGAUGUUAUUUCUUUACCGUCUGCCUUCUGGGGACUGUAGAUAGGCUGUAGCGGGUUCACGCUGUCCCUCUGUGUGAGUACCAUGUACGGAGAUGGAGAGGGGGCGAUUUGGGACCGAGUUGGACGCCCCCGGCGGGACUGCAUGUGCUACCUGGGACCUCCGACUACUUUGAUGCCCAUCGGAAUGCGGAAAUCGCCAGACGUGAGCCCUAGACGGCUGUCAGAUAUCAGCCCCCAACUACGACAGCUGAAGUACCUGGUAGUGGACGAAUCAAUUAAAGAAGACUUGAAGGCGUCCCGCUCGGUGGAGGACAUAAACAGUGCAUCCAUCGAAGAGCGAAUCCUGAGAAUCACUGGCUACUAUGGGUACCAGCCUUGGAAUGCAGUUUACCACAGUAGAGAGGACCGUCCCCGGGAGAAUGUGGUGGGCACAGCAGAUGGUGCAGCAGUGGGUGGGGCAGGGGCGGAGUCAGGGGGCGGGAAACGAAGACUACGUUGCUGCCUGAGAAUCACAGCCGUCCAGGUGCGCAAGGCCCUGUGGGGCGUGGCCAUGAUCGUGUGCGUGUGCUCGUCCUGGGCGGGCUCCACCCAGCUGGCCAAGCUCACCUUCAAGAAGUACGACGCCCCCUUCACCCUCACCUGGUUCGCCACCUCGUGGAACUGUCUUUUCUUUCCCCUGUACUACGUGGGACACCUGUGCAAGAGCCCCGAGAGACAGACGCCCAGGCAGAGAUUCCGGGAGUGCUGCAGGUUCUUUGGGGACGACGGCCUGACGCCGAAGGUGUUCCUCAAAAAGGUGGCGCCGUUCGGCGUACUGUGGACGCUGACCAACUACCUGUACCUGCAGGCCCUGCGUAAGAUCAACAGCACAGACGUGUCGGUGCUCUUCUGCUGCAACAAGGCCUUCGUCUUCCUGCUGUCCUGGAUCGUGCUCCGGGACCGCUUCAUGGGGGUCAGGAUUGUGGCAGCCAUCUUGGCCAUCGCUGGCAUCGUGAUGAUGACGUACGCCGACGGGUUCCACAGCCAUUCUGUCAUUGGCAUCACGCUGGUGGUGGCUUCUGCAUCCACAUCAGCACUGUACAAGGUCCUUUUCAAGCUGGUCCUAGGCAGUGCCAAAUUUGGCGAGGCAGCACUGUUCUUGACUCUCAUUGGGGGUGCUAAUUUCGUCUUCAUCAGCUUUGUGCCAGUUAUCCUCUACUUUACACGCGUGGAGUACUUUGAUUCGCCAGAAAACAUCCCCUGGGGAUGCCUGUGCGGUGUGGCCGUGCUCCUAUUGGCGUUCAACAUUCUGGUAAACUUCGGAAUCGCAAUAACCUACCCCACCUUGAUUUCCCUGGGCAUUGUCCUCAGCGUCCCUGUUAAUGCCAUGGUGGAUCUGUAUACCUGUGAGAUCGAUUUUAACACGGUUCGCCUCAUCGCCGUCUUCAUAAUCUGCCUGGGCUUCCUGAUGCUUCUGCUUCCGGAGGACUGGGACCAGGGCCUGAUCCAGCUGGCCACCAAGCUGCGCAAGAGGGAGCAACCAGCAGAGAGCGCCGGAGAGGCGGGGACCAGCUCGGGGCUCAAUUGGAGCCGGAGAACCCGGACCUCCAUGUCCACGUUUGCCCACUGACUCCCCCCUCCCCCUAUUCUACUCCCAGCCCACUCCCUGCCCCCCCCGGCCAAAUUCUGAGCCACACCUAAACACCUCCACCGCCACCACGCCCCAGCCAGAUCUGCCUCUUUUGCAUUGCUCCUGUCCUACAAGAACAUGAUAGCAUUCAUUCAUUUGCUCAUUUCAAUGUCACUCACUGAGCCAGUCAAACAACCAGCCAAUCAGUCCGUUAAACAAUCUGAUAAAGACUAGAACUAUUUAUUUCUCUACCAAAAUGAAGCAAAAAAGCACAGCUAUCAUCCUAAAAUCAUUGCAACCGUUUUUAUUUCCUCUUUUACAUUUUGUACACAGCAGAUCUAUCUCAUGUCCCUUAGAGGCCUGCUGUUUUAUUGUCAAUGAGCUUUCAUUUACUGAUUUUGUUUUCAAACCACCUUCCAAAGUCUUCUAUUCACGAUGCCUUCCUGCAAGUUAUUUCAUUUCCUUAUUAUUUCUGAAGACUGCACUCUGCACUUGAACCAGGAAUCACUGCUCGCAUUACAUUACAAAGAGGGAUUCAAGGCUUCUGCAACAAGUGGAGAUUUUAAAAGAGAAAAGGUUUGUUGGGCCUGUAGAGAAUGUACCUGCCAGAUCCAAAGAAGAUUACCUAUGUCUGAGAAUUAUUUAUCCCCAUUAAUGUAAUUUGGUCAUCAAAGAAUAUAUAUAUAAUAGCAAGUAAAAGCCUUCAAUGCACUGGUCCACAUGGUACAUGCCAUCCCAGGCCCAGUGAAGCACUGAAACUGGUACAAACUGAGGGCCAAUGUCUGAUGAGGAUCACUGAGUGGCAGCUCACCUUCUUCUGGGAAAUCGGGCCGCCCGUUGCCGUGGAGAUUUACCCUGCUGAGACAUUUUCACAGCAGGCCGAGCAGUCGCACCGAUGAUUCCUCCGAGGGGGUGCCAGGUCCACGCCAAUUUCGUGCCAUCUCAAGGAAAUCAGAAUCCAUCAAAGAUGGAUGCCUUGGCUCAAAAUUCUCCCUGGGCGGAACUCAAUAGAUUUCAGUCCUUCUUCGUAUCCUUCCAGAUUUGGAGUUCGACCGCCCCUUUGGGUAGCUCUGCGCAGAUGCUGAUGAGGGCGUAUGGUCGAAUCGCAUUCGAUAACCAGUUUGCGAGGACAACAAAUUUGAUACAGUAAUAAAAGAUGAUCAGAACCAAGAUAAAUCUCCCUCUAACAUGAAGCGGUGACACGACUGAGGAGAAUCACUGUGGCCACUUUCGUUUUUUUUUUCUUUCAUAUUGUUGCAAACUUUGAACAGGUUUCACAGAACAUAGCUGUCCAUGACCAUCUGACCCCGGGACAGCGCUCCACCGGGAAACAGAAUCUGUUCACCUCUCUGUGAGACUAGGGAUAAUAAUAUCCGUGCUCCACCCCCUCCUGCAUUGGACAGCGAUGUUGGGGGGCCACUUAUUUAUACAAGCAAAACUAAUAUAAUGAAAAUGCCCCCAUCGUAGAGCCUGAACAGUUUUAUCACUGUGAUGACACUGCACUGGUCACUGAUGUAGCACUGUGCAAUAGUAAGGGUGGUGCCGGUAGACUCCCAAAGAAUUUCAGGGGUGGGGAGGCAGGGGGGGGGCAUAUCCUACUGUCUACAGGGUGGAGUUUGUCUCACGGUGCCUGUGCUUCUUAAAGCAGAAGAGGAAGCCAGGCUGCGUCCGCCAUUUUGUGAAUGUAUGACCGUUGCCACAUACUUUUCGCUUUCUGUCUGUGGAUGAAACACGAUGCCACAGCUUUAGAUCACUGCACUUCUCCAGGCCUCACUUCAAAAGUUUUUUUUGAUAUACAAUUGAUAAUUUUUUGCUGGUUUUUAAUGGACAGGUAGUGGAGUUGAAGGACAGAGCAUGUGAAAAUGACCGGACAAAACUGAGCAAUUCAUUUUUUGCUGCCUUUCCUUUUUGCUUUUGCAAUAGAAUACACCAACGCUGUUUCUCAUUGUCAUUUUUUACAAUGGCAAUAAAAUAUUGAAUUGUAUUCCUCUGGAAUUAUUGCUAGAAGUAACUGUAAACCUUUGUAAGGAAUGAUGAUUUUUACACUGAAAUGUAACAUGAAGGUUAUCACGAUUGAAGAAAUGUAUGUACUGUGUGAAUAAAUGAUUCAAGUUCAUUAUA